UUUCUUUCACACGUCACCGUCUCCACUCCCCAAACACAAAAAGGCCUCUCCUCCUCCUUCCUUUUCUCCUAUCUCAUCUCUCUCCCUUCACAAACACUGACACAAUUCAGCUCACUCGUUUCCCUUCCCCAUUAUCUCUCUCUCUCUCUCUCUCUCUUCCUCCACCGUGCGCGCACCACUAUGUCGUCGAAGGACUGCGGCGGGCACGGCCACAAGCGCCGGAAGAUCUUCCGCCGGAUCUUCGCCGGGAUCCUGGUCUUCCUCUUCAUCGUCCUGGUCACAAUCCUCAUUAUCUGGGCCGUGCUCCGGCCCAGCAAGCCCAGCUUCAUCCUCCAGGACGCCACCGUCUACGCCUUCAACGCCACAACCCCCAAUUUCCUCACCUCCAACCUCCAGGUCACUUUCUCCACCCGCAACCCAAACGACAAGAUCGGCGUCUACUACGACCGCCUCGACGUCUACGCCGAGUACCGGACCCAGCAGAUCACCCUCCGCACCCAGAUCCAGCCCUUCUACCAGGGCCACAAGGAGGUCAACGUCUGGUCACCCUUCGUCUACGGCACCGCCGUCCCCGUCGCCCCCUACAACGCCGUCUCCCUCGGUCAGGACCAGUCCGCCGGCGCCGUCCAGCUCAUGAUCAAGAUGGACGGCCGCGUCAGGUUCAAGGUCGGCGCCUUCAUCUCCGGGAGGUACCACCUGUACGCCCGCUGCGACGCCUACAUCCAGUUCGGCAACCGAAACGCCGGCGUGCUUGUCGGCAAUAACGCCGUUAAGUACACGCUGGCCGAGCGAUGCAGCGUCAGCGUCUAGAACAUUCUCUCAUGGGAUGGAUGGAAUUAUGAGGUCAUAAUAACAACGCCGUUAAGUAAUUUUUCUUUUAAACAUAUAUAUAUAUUUUGUUUAUCGCUAUAAAUUUUCGUUUUCUUACUUGGGGAGUCUGUUAUGUGGUGGGAACUGAACAUGGAGAUGGUUGGCAAUUUGUCGUCUGGGGGUAUACGUGGCGUGUUACUACAGGCUCCUUGAAAUUUAAUUGUAAAUUUCAGCUGUUCGGUGCAAAUUAAAUAAUAAUAAUGAUAAUUUAGCAAGGAGAUUAUUAUUUUUUUAUGGUUAGCAGCAACGAGAUUAUUGCAAGUGGAGUGUGUUCAAUUUUUUGGGUGCUAAUUAAGUAAUUAUCUUAUUAUCAUAUUCUUCUUUUCCCUGCCGUUUUGUUUGUUUGAGGGUGGGAAGAUGAACUGAAUUUGGGUGUCGUUUGGUGUGGGAGCGGAUAGGCAAAUUGGCCAAACGAGUGGUGUGUCCAGUCCAGUCUGGAAGUUGCGACGUCGUUUUCUCUCUCUCACAAAUAACAAUUUCCCAUCUUUUAAUCGCUUUGGUUUCUUCUGCCUUUGUGGCCCCGUUUUGAUUUUUUUUCCCCUAUAUAUUUACGUUCCUUUGUUUUUGUAUUUCAUGGAUUAGGUAUACAAAAAAUUAAGAAUAUGUUUACGA